AUGGCAAGAAAAAGUAGAGGAGGAGGAGAAAGGAAAUUCGCCUGUCACAGCAGUAGCCCGUCACGCUUCAGCUUGACUCCGACCACAAUGGAUCUCGGCACCAACUUCGUUGCCAAACUUGAGCCAUACCUGCUCAUGGCCAAGUCGGCCAAGGGCGCCGGCGCCGCAAAACUCAUUGCCGAUGCAACAAGUGCGCACGGCGUCUUCGUAUUCUCAGAGCUUCUUGAGCUCCCCAACAUCCAGGAGCUGAAAACGAACGAAACCCACGCCAAAUCGUUUGCCUUGUUGGAGCUGUUUGCUUACCGAACGUAUGAGGACUACAUGAAGAACAAGGACGCGUUCCCACCACUUAACACUGCACAAACCAUCAAACUCAAGCAUCUUUCUAUCGUUUCCCUGGCCUCUGAACGCCGCAUUCUUCCCUACUCUGACCUCCUUCGCGCGCUCGACAUGCCUACAAUCCGCGAGCUUGAGGAUCUCAUCAUCGACGCCAUCUAUCUCGAUGUGUUACGUGGGCGGCUUGACCAAAAGCAAUCACAGCUUGAAGUCGAGUAUACGAUGGGUCGUGACCUCGCGCCAGGCGCGGUCGACUCUAUCCUGGCCGCCUUGAACAACUGGGCCAACACCACAUCCGCCGUUUUACAGACAUUGGACGACAAGUUGAUGCGCAUUGCGCAACAAACUGCAGAGCGGAAAGAAGAGCGUGCUAAACAUCAGGAGACUCUCGAAGGAAUUCUCCGCGAGGUUUUAAAGGAAAAGCAUGCACGACGGGGAGCACUUGGCGCAGCCACUAGCAACAUGGGUUAUGGCGGUGAUGCGAUGGAUGUUGACGAGCCUGGUAUGAUGAUGAGUGGCAUGGGUCAGGAGAAUAGAGGAUUGAAGGGCCGCAAAACAAUGCAAGAGGCAGCUAAACCUGUUCGAAAGCGAAAUAGGUUUUAA